CGGUAACGUUAGUGGGCUACAGCGGCGGGGAGGGUCGACAGCGAGGUGCCUUAGCACAGGCGCAGUCAAAUGCGGGCUAUAAAACACCAUACCAAAAAAAAAAAAAAAAAAGAACCCAAACCUCUCCAUUUUUGGAUCACCCGUUUGUUGUUUUGAUUUAAAUCUGGGCGUUUUUUUUUUGUCUUGGGGGUUUGAUGUUUGAUGUCCCCGAUGAUUUGCGAGGAAGAUGCGCUCGUCUGAAAUCCGCCUUGACCUUCUUCUCCGCUCAGCAUCGAAGCAGUCUCACUCGGAGCCGCUGCCGACACCGGAGCCCGCCGACCCCCGCUCGGCUCCUCUUAUCUAACCGCUCCCGGCCUGAGGUUGAUUUCGCUAGAAUACAGGACUGCCUUUCUAGCCGGUAAUCUCUGAUUAUUUUUUAAACAAUCAAGACCGAGGCAGAUGCCCCCUCGUUCUGUCAUCCCGGCUGUACUAUGGUGGAGUUUCCAUCUCUCAGUCCUUACUGGCCUCUCCUCCGCUUUCUGGUGCCUUUGGCGAUCACCAAUGUUGCCAUCGACCUCGGGGAACAGGCCCUCAACAGGGGCAUAGCCACAGUCAAAGAGGAUGCAGUUGAAAUGCUGGCCAGCUACGGCCUGGCCUACUCCCUCAUGAAGUUCUUCACCGGACCCAUGAGCGACUUCAAGAAUGUGGGCCUGGUGUUUGUCAACAGCAAGAAGGACAGAAGAAAGGCUGUGUUCUGCAUGGUGGCAGCCGGGGCCAUAGCGUUUGUCCUUCACAUCUUGAUAGCUCACACAGAUUUAGGAUACUACAUCAUUAAUAAGCUCCACCAUGUGGAUGACUCUGUGGGGCACAAGACAAGGAAGGCGUUCUUAUACCUGGCUGCAUUCCCUUUAUUGGAUGCAAUGGCGUGGAUUCAUGCGGGGAUUCUUCUCAAGCACAAGUACAGCGUCAUUGUAGGCUCUGCCUCAAUCUCUGAUGUUGUGGCCCAGAUUGUAUUCGUGGCCAUUCUCCUCCAUAGUAACCUGGAAUGUGUGGAGCCUUUACUCAUCCCAAUCCUUUCCCUGUAUAUGGGUGCCUUGGUCCGUUUCAGUAUUGUUGGUCUAGGUUACUACUGUAACAUUCACGACAACAUCCCAGACUCCAGUGGACUAGAUGUGGGGGGUGAUGCCACCAUCAAAAAGAUGCUGAGUUUCUGGUGGCCCCUGGCCCUCAUCCUGGCCACUCAGCGCAUCAGUCGUCCUAUCGUCAACCUCUUUGUGUCUCGCGACCUCAAGGGAACCACUGCUUCUACAGAGGCUGUGGCUGUGCUCACAGCCACAUAUCCUGUGGGUCACAUGCCCUAUGGUUGGUUAACUGAACUCAGAGCAGUGUACCCUGCCUUUGACAAGAAUAAUCCCAGCAACAAGCUCAAUUCUGGCAGCCCGGUCACCAAAUCACACAUUAAAAAGUUUACAUUCUGCUGUCUGGCUCUAUCACUCACGCUCUGCUUUGUGGUGUUUUGGACUCCUCACGUCUCAGAGAAGAUCCUGGUGGACGUCAUCGGGGUGGAGUAUGCUUUUGCUGAGCUGUGUGUGGUUCCACUCCGAAUUUUCUCCUUCUUUCCCCUGCCAGUGACUGUUAGGGCUCAUUUGACUGGAUGGCUCAUGACCCUGAAAAAGACCUUUGUGCUGGCCCCCAGCUCGGUUCUCCGCAUCAUUGUCCUCAUCACCAGUCUAGUUGUGCUGCCUUAUAUGGGGGUUCACGGGGCCACGCUCGGAGUCGGAUCCCUCUUGGCUGGUUUCAUAGGGGAGUCUACCAUGGUUGCCAUAGCAGCCUGCUAUGUUUAUCGACAACAGAAAAACAGUGAGAUGUCCAACGAGCUGGUGGUGGAGGGGGAGGACUCGGCCCCCAUGAGCGAGGUGUGCUCCAGGACUCCGAUGGACGCCAUCGAGGAGCUCCAGGAGGAGGAGGAAGAGCAGGAGUGAAAUGUCUGAGCAGGGCAAAAGUGAAGCUGACUUCUAUGUGGAAAUCGGGCAUUGCUGAAGAAGAGGAGACCAUUGAGUGUUACAGUGCUGGAAAGGGAAGAGGACCCGAGUAUGGUUUGGUUUGAGAGGUUCUCCCUAUAGAAUGAACUGAUCUGUAAGAGUGACAGGGUCUUCCACAUGUCGACCUAUCUACCAUUACAACGCACACUGUAAAGAAAGCCAUGCACCUCCAAGUGUUCAUUCAUCAGUGUAAAUACCUUGAUGUCUUCCAAUCCUCGGGACAGUUUCCAUAGUUUUGCAUCACCGCAUCAGAGAGGGUGUAUUAACCACUUUCAUGUGUUUACUGGUAAAUGAACAAGGGAAAAAUGACACGGGAGAACUUUUCCUCCUCCGCAACGAGAAUGAAAUGUCUGUCGAGUGGUAGUGAAGUUGCCGAAAUACAGAGAUCAUUAUUUUAUGUUACUUUAUCGAGAUUAAGCAACAAGGCCUUGCUUGACUUCAAAAUAUAGGGACAUCUUGUGGGACUUGUUGGGUUGUGCAAUUGUAUUUUACAUAAAAAUGGUGUACAGAUUAUUGUUGUUUUAUAUAGGUGAUGAAAUGUGUAUAUUUAAUUGCCCAGAGGGGUCAGGAAUCCCUCAUUAUAUCAUUGCGUGUUACAGAAUACAAAUAUGAUUGUCCACUUUCCAUGCAGUCUGGGAGUCUGUCUACUUUUGUUUUGCCAAGCACUAUCCUGGUAGCGUAUUCAGACUGUCUUAUGUACUGUAUAUACUGUAUAGGCAUUCUUAUUUGGCAAAUAAAUUGCUUUAUUAUUAACUUGU